AUGACGACGUCCACUAAAAACAACCUUGGAGAGCUAGCCAUCGAAGCCUCUGAAAUAGUCAGUAGGUUAGAGCAAAUAGCCGAAGGGAUCCCCGUAAACGAAAAUUCGCAGGCACAAACUACUGUGUUUUUGGGAUUAGAAAAAAGGCACACUGAUGAAAUCGUUAAAACCAUACAUGAUUUGUUAAACAGCGACGAAGAAGGUGAACCCUUCAAUUUCCCAUCGUUAGACAGCGUUACGAAAUUGGUCAUGAUUUCUCACACAUUGUCAGUUUAUUGCGGAACCUUAGAGCGACCAACUCUACAAAAAUUAAGUACAAGAUUCACGACUGAUACUACAAGAUGGAUAACACAACUCUUUGGGUUAUUAGACUGUCACGCCUUCUAUCACGAAGAUAAUUUAGAAGGAUUGGUGCGGGUCACUAAAAUGAUGUUACACUCCAAGUUUCCCAGGUAUUCCGAAGACGGUGCUUUAGUUUUUACUAAUUCGCUUCCUACGAUUUACAAUAGUGUUGCUAGUCCCUUAGGAAGCGUGCAGUAUCUUUGCAGGCAAUUAGGAUUACCUUUAGAUUGUAUUAGACCAGUUCCCACAAAUACUUAUUUCGGUUCUCAGUAUACGAUGGACGUGUCGGCCUUACAAAAAGUAAUUUCAGACGAUAUAGCAGAUGGUAGAGUUCCUUUAAUUGUCAUAGCAGACGCGGGUACUCCAGUCACCGGCCACAUCGAUAGCAUCAGCAGGAUUAAAGAACUUUGUAAGGUUCACGAUCUUUGGUUACAUUUAAGAGGACAUAGCUUGUCUGCUUUAACGCUGGCUAAUUACCAGCAAAGGAACGGACCCGUGCCGCCUUUAUCCGAUAGUUUAACUCUAACUCUAGGGAGUUGGUUGGGAAUACCCGGAUUGCCGAAUAUUACGCUCUAUAGGCUUUGGGAGUCUUUGAAUAAUUCCGCUCGAAGCAAGCAAGUCGGCGUGAGCAGGGAGAGUACUUUACCAUUUUUGGCCGGUUUGAAUACCGAUCACCAAAGCAAGAGAAUUUUAUCUCUACCUUUGUGGGCUGGAUUACAAAGUCUCGGUACCGAAGGUGUACAUUCCAGAAUUAGAGAGGAUUUCUUAGCGAGCGAGAGAUUGUGGGUUGCUUUAGAUCGAUUCCGACAAAUUAGAGUUUUGAGCCCCAAACCAGGAGGAGAAAGUGGUACUUAUACAGUAACAGAAUUAGUUUCGAAACCCACAACAGUAUCGGUGUUACUGGAAUCGGUAGUUUGUAGCGUUGUUUUCCAAUUCAUACCCGAAACACCGGACGACGACUACAAAUCAAAAGUACCGACUUAUUACGAUAAACUCAACUCUUGGUUGGGACAAAUCCUGCAAUUGGACGCACCCCAAGUACCCAUCGACAUAUGCGAAUUGGACAACAUCGGCGUCGUACUGAGAUUUUGUCCUUUCGAAAAUACAUCCGGACAACAGCCCACCUCCGAUGACAUACAAAACUUCAUAGCUUGUUUGGAACAGCAACUGGUCAUUCUAAAAGCGACCGUUCACCAUCGAGAGAGCUUCGUGAAACUGGUCGAGGUAUCGCCAGUUUUGAAAGUGGUGGAUUUGCCCGAUUGGGCAGGUUUGGGCGGUGUCCGGUACUGUCCAGAAGGUUGGGAGCAGCUUCUAACCGACCAAGCCAAAGACGAAUUGAACCAUUUGAACAUGGUGCUCGUGGAUACUCUGAGAGAAACCGACGCGGCGUUUUCCCUAGGCGAAGGCGUCGACGGACUCAUGUGCGUGAGAUUCGGCAUGCUAACGCCCGAAUCCGACGUCGAUAAACUGCUCGAAUUGGUCGUAAGAGUCGGACAAUCCGUCGAGGAGAAUUCCAAAGUGCUCGAUUCCAUGAGCGAAAUAGUCAAGAAAGGCAUCGAAACGGCGACGUUGGACCUUCAAAAAGAGAACGAAGAGCGAUUGUGGCAAGAGGGCAUAGUCAGGCACAUUCCGAUCGUCGGCACGUUCGUGAACUGGUGGUCGCCCAAGCAGAAAGAGACCGGAGGCAUCAGGGGGCGCAGCUUGAAUCUGACGCAGGGCGUCGUCGAAUCGACCGAAAACAUUUACAAAUACCACAUGCAGAUGGGGCAGGGCGUCGCGACGGGCGGCGUGACGCCGCCCGCGCCCCAGAUUCAGAAGUCCAUAGGCCACAGUCAUUCGAGGUCGAGCAGCCACGCGUCGGCGUCCAGUCAACAAUCCAACGUCAAAAUCGACGGGGAGUUGUUCAAAUUGAAUUUGGAGAACGACGUGGAUAAGAUUAACAAGGAGAUGACGGUGGAGAAUGAUGUGAUAACGACGAGUUAG